UUUUAUCGAUAUUAAUUUUUCGAGUUAUUUGGAAAAAAUUAUAAAAAUUUUUGGGAAAUCUUAAUUUAAUUAGAAUUCAGAAAACCGUUCCAAGUCGUAGCAAACUAGUUUUCUAUUAGACUCCGUUAAUUCAUAAGAAUAAUGUAACAUUUUGACGAAUGUUAAACAAUGAAAAAAAGUUAACUAAUAUUUUUUAAAAUUAUGUGCAAAAGUGCAAAGAAAGUGAUUAAAUUUAUAUAAAUCUUUCAUGUUUGAACUUAUCUAACAAUUAAUUAAAAUAUUAAAUAUAAGUAUAUUUCCCGGUAUUUUCAUUAUUACAAAAAGAAAAACAUUAAAGGUUAUUGUUUUUCACUGAUAAUCUAGUGGAUUUCGAUUUUCAUAUUAAAAAUAAUGAUUUUUAUAAUUUAAACGUUGAAGAAAAAAAUAUUGGUGUUUUGGUAUAUACAAUCUAAUUUUUAUUUGUUUUUAAUAAACAUAACUAACUUUUCUCUACUGGUACAAAUAUGGUGCGAAAAUGUUCUAUUCCUGGCUGUAAAUCAAAUUAUGAUUCCACACCAAAGCAUGUUUCUACUUUUCAAUUUCCAACUGAUAAACGUUUACGAAAAGCAUGGAUCAAUGCAAUCCCAAGGGAAAAUUGGGUACCAAGUAAACACAGUGCCGUGUGUUAUUUGCAUUUUGCAGAAGAAUGUUUCGCUAAAAAACCAAAUAAGCGAAGACGUCUAAAAGAUGACGCUAUACCAACCAUAUUCAACAAUUAUCCGGCAUGCUUAUCAAAAAUAUUACUUUGUAAUACUAGCUUGAAAGUUGUUAAAAGAGAAGUUCCUCUUAAAAACGACGAUGAAAUAAAUGAUUUUGAAAAUUUCUUAAGUAAAAUCGAUGAAAAUGUUAAAUUUGACGGGUGGCUAUUGUACAAAAAUAGUUCAUAUGUUGUUUUAUAUUUUUUGAAAGAAGAGAGCCAUUUCGGAUGCAAGUUUAAAUAUAGAAUAAAAAUUGAUAGCAAUUUAAAAGUCAGUUGCUUUUCAGAGAUAACAGAGAUACCAGUGAGAAAAUUUGAAAAUGUAUUACCUUUAGACAUGAAACUUACACUUUGGUCUCAAUUAAAAAAGUUAAUAAUAUUUUUUGAUUCUAAUUCCGACAUAGUAGAUCAAGAGCUUGAUUCUCAGUCUAACCUGCUGGGACAAGCUUUACGUUAUCUUAAUAAUUUCAAAAAAGCGAAUAGUUCAUUUAAAAAGUCAAAACAGUUGGACACUGUCAUCGAUCAAAUUAAGUUAUUAAUUAUGAAAAUACCAAGAUAUAGUUGUGAAACUAUAGUUAUGUCCUUUUUAAUAUUUGCACAUUCUAAAUCUACGUAUUUAAUCCUUAGUGAGUUUCUUACUUUACCGUCGAAGCGGCAUCUUCAAAGAUUAUCUUCAACACUACACUCCACUCCCACUUACAGAAAUGAUGAAAAUGAUGAUGAGUAUAUAGCAGAUAUUUCACAAUCUUUAACAGAGAGAGAAAAAAUUGUAGCAAUUUUAAUAGAAGAAAUACAUAUAGAUCAAUACAAAGUAAAUACUGUUCCGGUAAAAUCUGAUGCUGAAAAAGCGAAUAGCCCCACCAAAUCUUCGAAAAAAACUAAAACGAACAACGCUUCUGGAAAACCUGAUGCUGAAAUAUUAGAGACCUCAAACAAAAACAAUUCAGAAAAGGCAGAUUCAGAAAAAGCGAAUAAUGCCCCUAAAACUGCUAAAACAAUUUUAGCUUAUAUGGUAAAGUCUGUAUUUGGUAAUUUUAAAAAAAUUAUUCGAUUAUAUCCAGUUGCAAAUCCUACAGAGGAUUACUUAGUAAAAACUACUAAGAGUGUAAUUGAUAUUGUUCAAAAUAAAGGGUUCCAUGUUUUAGUAAUUAUUUCUGACAAUAUUAAAACUAAUCAAGGCAUGUAUAGUAUUCUGACAGGAGAGAAUGAAAAUUUUUUUCCAAAUCCAAAUGGGAAAGGGAAUAUUUAUUUGCUUUAUGACACUGUUAAUUUAUUCAAAAAUAUUAGAAAUAACUGGAUGUACGCCCCAAAUAUGACCUUCUUGUUUUCCGAUUUCGAUACACAUGAAAUGAAGCAUGCAAAUUUUGCCCAUAUUCGGGAGCUAUUUCAACAAGAAGAAAGCUAUUUAAUUAAAAAAGCAUAUAAACUAAAUAAGAAAACAUUGUUUCCAUCAAGGAAUCAACGACAAAAUGUUGAGUUAGUUGAUAAUAUCUUCCAUCAUUCUACAAUCGAAACUUUAAAAGAAAUUGAAAAAAUGCAAUCAACUGCAGAUUUUUGCGAAGUUAUUAAGAAAUGGUGGGAUAUUUGUAACACUAAAGAAAAAUUUUCUGGAGAUGAAACAAAUGAUGAAUGGAACUACGAAAUUAGUGAGGUAAAUGAUUUUCGUCUCAGUUUUUUGACAAAAUUUUGUGAUUGGUUAUCAGUUUGGAAUUUUAAUGAAAACAAUUCUAGAUUAUCAAAUGAUACCUUUAACGGUUUAGUAUUUACAACUAAAACAUUGAUAGAUAUAGUUAAUUUAUCGCUUACAGAACUUAAUAUAGAUUAUAUAUUAUUGGGAAAGUUUCAAAGUGAUGAUUUAAAAUUAAUAUUAAAAGCAGAGUAAAAUUGCAUUUAAAGUAACAUGAAAUUGUAUUCAUUUUGUCAAUUAAUUUUUGAAAUAAACAAUGUGCUGUAUAUUU